CGUGAGUGAUAACAUGAACAUAGCCUCUAGUUUACCUCCAAACCACAAGGAGGCAAUCAAGAGAUUUGAGUAGAAUCAAUUGUGCACUGCCCUCUAACGAAAAACUCGCAGUCGCACGCUUGUAAACAAACCAAAGGAAUUAUUAUUUUUCUCUAGGGAUUCAUUUCACGACAGUACUACCAGCUAAAUUAGAAACAUAAUGUUAAUCAAUAAAUAAGUGACCGUUCAGAAGAGUGGCAGCUAUAUUGAGGCCAGCCAUGCCAGUCUCCAGCAAAAAAAAGCAAGGAAGAGACAGCGCGGUGCAGGGGACCAAUGACAGCAGUGCGGUUAGCAAGGUGGCUGCUGCUGCACAAGGGUACUUUAAAGAUGACUUUCUUAAAUAUUUUGUGUGCAAAGUGUCCAGACGAGCCCCUCUCAUUAACAGAGGCUACUACAUACGGUGGAAAGCUGUUGACCACUGUGUAAGGCAGUUUCUGCAGUCGACACAGCAUUGCCCCUACAGGCAGAUUGUGUCCUUAGGGGCUGGCUUUGAUUCCCUGUAUUUCCGUCUGCAUGGGGAGGGGGCUCUCAAAAAGAUGGUGGUGUUUGAACUGGAUUUUCCAGAUGUUGCAAGGCGCAAGGCUGCAUUGAUAAAUGCUGACAUUUGCCUGAAGGAGGGUUUAAAAUUCCCAUCACCCUGUCUUGCAGGCCUUUAUGUGUCAGGGGAGGACUACCGUCUUGUAGGGGUAGAUGUAAGAAAGGAGAACCAGAUGGAGGAGGUUCUGGCUGGGGCUGGAAUAGACUGGGCUGCCCCUACCCUGUUACUGUCUGAAGUGGUGCUCACCUACAUGGAGACACAGUGGUCCGACGGUGUGAUUGGAUGGUCAGCCCGGCACUUCUCCCAGUCUCUCUUUGUGAUGUACGAACAGAUUCGCCCCCAGGACCCCUUUGGUCAAAUCAUGCAAGAUCACUUCCUGAAACUCAACUCCACACUCCAUGCGCUCAGAGAUUACCCUGACACAGCUGCUCAGACACAAAGGUUUUUGGGCAAGGGCUGGGAGCAGUGUGUGUGCAUGGAUGGAAAUGAGUUCUACCAGGCUCUGGUGCCAGAGAAAGAGAGAGGCAGAGUGGAGAGUCUUGAACCCUUCGAUGAGUUUGAGGAGUGGCACCAGAAAUGUUCUCACUAUUUCAUCCUGACUGCCUGUAAAGGCUCGCUUACCAGCCACGCUGUGUUAAGACCGCCACCAGAGUCUCCACUCCCCUCUCUGAGGCCAGUGCUUAGCCCUGUGUCCCUGAUGGUGAGGCCUGUGUCUGGGUUGCUGUCUCUGGAGGGUCUGGGCAUGGCCUCCACCCCCCUGCGCCCUGACAUGGUGCUGCUCACCGGAGGCUCCAAUAGGAGGGGCAGGGGGGCUGCUGCUAGGGUCCUCGUCACAGGGCAGGCUGCCUGGAGAUGUGCCUCUGUAGCGUCUUCCACAGACUGGGGUGUUCGACUGUAUCACACGGUAAAUAACAUCCCCGGUUGGGGCAACGUGGUCUAUGGUGGGCGCUCCUCCCCACUCCACCCAAUCAGGAGCCUUCUUAAAGUGACCUGUGACCUGGCUGACCCUACAUCUCAUGAGAACAUGGCAACAGUGAGUCUGUCCUCAGAGCAGAUAACAUGCACUGGUAUCCUGCCACCACCAAGAUGGCGGCACACAGCGACCAUGCUGAGUUACAGAGGCCAGGACUUCCUGUUUGUGUUUGGAGGAAGGAAUGAGACAGAGGCCGCUUUAGGUGACGCCCAUUUCCUGAGUCUUAAUAAUCUGCAUUGGACAGAGAUGUCAGUAGAGGGUAUCCCACCCGAAGCUCGCCUCUCCCACUCAGCGUGUCGAUAUAAGGAAGGGGUGGUGGUGUUUGGAGGACUAGGCAGAGGAGGGGUACCCCUGGGGGACACAACCUUUCUGAGGCCCACUACCACAGGCUUCUGCUGGGAGAGGCUGGCGGUCCACCCCCAGCCCGUCCCCAGAUAUUCUCACAAUGCACACGUGAUUGGUCAGCGGCUGGUGGUGGUGGGUGGGGUUUGGCUGCAGGCCGAAGGUGUUCCUGGUAUAGCGGUCAUAGACCUGAUCACAGGGAGCGGUAUGGAGUUUCAACUAGACACGAUGUCGGUGCCCUGGCCCCUCAUGCUGCAUUCAUUCUGUUCCCAGCUGCUAGACUCCGAGGAACCAACUCUGGCCCUGAUGUGUGGAGGAGGCAACUGUUUCUCCUUCGGUACCCAUCACAACCCUUGUCCGGUCAUAGUGGACCUCCGGCCAGCUUUGUGAGCCAAUCAGUACCAGAGGGCUUGGCUCUGUGAGAUAAUUAAGACCUUCACUACAGACUUAAGGUUGAUCCUACCUGCAAUCACAAAGCUCACAAUGGACUCAACCUUAAGAGAGUGAACCCAUCUAGGUGAUUACCUCAUUGUACACACAUACAUACAUCGAUCCAGAUAAGGGUCAACAUCCUGUAAUUUGCUCACCAGACAAGUUUUAUUUCAGAUGAGACCUCAGACUUAAAAUAACUCAUAUGAAAGUACUGCAAUUAGAGAGAGAGAGAGAGAGAGAGAGAGAGAGUGAGACUUCAUCCUAAUGUUGUUGGGGUGUUUGGGCCAGCUGGAGUGGAGUGUAGGAUCACUCAGUGUAGCGUCUGAAGGACUGGACCACAGGGCUGAUGGCGCCCCAGUCCCCAGGUUUGCGGUACUCGCCCUUUUCCAGGAAGUACUGACGGCCGCGGUAGUUGGGGUGUUCGUAGAACACCCACCAGCCAUCAGAGACCUUGCAGGAAUAGACCUCCCUCAAGCGGUACUUCUCCUGCACGGAGGGGCAGUCUUCAGUGGCCUUGAGGGCCUGGCCCUCAAAGUUGGCCUUUUCAUACAGCUGCAUCUUGUACUGGCUCCCACUGGU